ACGUUACAGCUCAUACGUACCUAUUUAUUGCUAAAAAUAUAUAAUAUCGGCGCUUCCGGUAGUUUUAAUAACUUAGAUUAAAAAUAAAAGUGUUUGAUGUUCCCCGUUAAUUGUAUUGGAGAUCUAUUUUAAAAGAAAAAUUAAAACAUAAAACAAGAUACUCUGUAACAACUUUUGCACGGAGUACAGGGGAAAAGGGAAAUGCGUGUGUAAUUUAUAAAUUGUUUGGCGCGUAUCCCUAAGUUGGUGGACCGGGUGAGUUCUGAAUUUGGUACACGUUGUCAUCACAAACGACGACUUCAUCUUAAACAACUCGAAUCCAUGCAUUUUGGGCGAUUUACGUCGUAGUUUUUUUUGCUGUGUUAAAACGUGCUAUAAAAAUAAGUGUUAUAAAUAAAUACGAAGAAUGUUUGCAUUAAACACAGUUCGUACACACACUGCCUUAAGUUAUGUAAUGUGAAAAUGUGGUGAGCAUUCUCAGUUUAUUGUGUGAACCUCUUUCACAUAUUUAUAAUCAAAAUGCUUCCUGAAGAUUAAGUGAAAAUACUCCCUGUAAUGACGUUGAGGAAGUAGGUCUGUUCCAUUUCAGAUAUUAUCUGGCUCAAAUUUAGACGGCAUCUGAUCCCAUACUAGUGCUAUUGCGCUCAUGCUAUAUAUAGAGAACCCGUUCAAACAAUUUACGGCGUUUUGCUGAAAAGUUACAGAGGUUAGAAUAACUUAUCAUGUUUUUGUCGUAAGGAUUGCACUCUUCUAUAAUGCAUCAUCUUUAUCCACUUGCAAAGGGAGAUCCCUUAUGUCCGUUAGGAUUUCAUCCUCAAGUGAGAUGGCCAACGCGUUGUAAACGUUGCUUUAGGGAUUAUAAAGAGCAUGGUGGUAAAAGAAAGGAAGAAGAGCUGUCCCUCAAAAGAAACGACAGCACUUCUUCUUCCCCAAAUUUAAACUCGUGGUCCAUAAGGUCCGACGAACACCGACGUAGUUGGUCUUCUAAUUCAAACCUAACAGAGGACCAAACGAGCAAGAUCGCCGUGAGGGACGUGGGACCAGCAUCUUGGACGUCAACUCCGGAUUUGGCACAUUUAGAAGAUAGCACGCAAGCAAAUAUUCCAACAGUUAGUUUCACACUUCCCAAGAGAAAAUCGUUAGAAAUAAGUAGCAAUACUCGCUCACUGUCAGAUAGUUUUUCAACUCGAGAAAAAUCUCCAGCGUUUAAUAAAAGCGAACAUUCAUCUACACGGGCGAAAAAAAUUCAGGCCAUCAAAGAUGCUUCACAGGAAAUGAGCAAACGUAUUCAGAUAAAGGAAUUAAAAGCAACGGUGGACGAAAGCACUAAUCAUGAUGUACAAUUUCUUAUUCAAGUUAAGUCCAAACCAAAACAAGAACAAUUCAAAUCUUUCCACGAAGGCACGGAAAGUGAAGACGACACAGUUAGCAUCGCCGGAACCGAAACAACCGACACUACUUUGGUCGGUAAUCCACAUGAGCAUGAAAUGCAAGAACAAAUUGACAGUUUAAGACAGGAGCUAGAUGCUAUGAAAACAAAAUGUGAAAGGUUGGACAGAGAAAAAAGUGAUCUCUUACUGCGACGCUUGGCUUCAAUGGAAACCGUAACAAGCAAGACCACCGCAACCGAGGUAUUAAAACUGCAACAAAAGUGUAACGAAUUGCAGAGCCAAAUUGAGGACAGUAGAGACGAAAAGAAGUUUCUAGCCUUGAGGGUAAAGGAACUGGAGGAGGAUGUCGAUAGUAGGCCGACGGCUCAGGCGGCACAAAAACAUGCGGACGAACUUAGAUCCAAGCUGCUGGCUGCAGAAACGUUAUGCGAAGAACUCAUGGACGAAAAUGAAGACAUGAAAAAGGAAUUGCGUGACCUUGAGGAAGAAAUUGAGGAACUACAGGAUAAUUUCAGAGAAGACCAAGCGAACGAGUAUACGUCACUAAAAAAAGAGCUGGAGCAAACCACUAAAAACUGCCGAAUACUUUCGUUUAAGCUUCGAAAGACUGAGCGAAAAACAGAACAACUAGAAGUGGAGAAAGGAGAAACCGAAAAGAAGUUACGCGAGGUUUCAAACGGCAAUAACGGCAUGGAAAAAAUUAAGCAUCUGGAGCAAGGACUUAAGGUCGCCACUGAAACAUCGUUGCGAUUGCAGAAAGAACUUGAUGAAACUACAGCCAAGUUACGUGCAAUCGAGGAAACGAGUUCCAGCAAAAAAGCUUCCGCAAUCGGAAACAUUCCAAAAUUGUCUUCGGACGCGAAAGUGUCACGAGAAUCUCUAACGAGAGGUGGCUCACAAGAUGACCCAGCGCAGAUUUUGAGGGACCUGCACGAUUCUCUGGAAAGAGAAGCAGAUCUCAGAGAGCAACUGAAGUUUGCAGAAGAAGAGCUUAACCGGUGGACCAGGAAAAAAAUGCGACCGGUUAUAUUUACGCAGACUAACGAUUCGUUUAAGUUUCAAUUUCAAACGGAUCACGAACUGAAAGUGAGAGAGAAAAAUCAGAGAUCUCUGGAUGUACAAAAUAAAGGUUGUCAAAGCGAUCCGAUUGAAAUGUUUCACGUCAGCUGCCAAACUAGUGCAGUGUUCAAACCAAAUCCACUAUUUCCCAUGUGGAAUUCAUCCAUAAACUGUCGCGGAUUUUCUAUUCUUAGAAUGUAUCAACAUACGUCUUCAUUUUCUCCAAUGGCUACCCUGCUUACCCCCAUAGACCGAAAGGGAAGUCCUAAUCGACUCACCCCCGAACCAAUUAUCGAAAAGGAUGAAGGCAUUUCAGAAGAUGAUCCAACGGAAUUGAAGCUACUCUUAGAACUAAAUGACCAAGAAGUUUCAGUAUUACGAAAAAAAGUAGAAGAAUUAGAAGCGGAAAAGGAUACGCAUAAAAAGAAAAUAAAGGAUUUACAGGAUAAGUUAACUACAAAAACGUCCAAGAAAUCUUUAUUAACUUCCGUAAAGGGCCAGGAAUCCCAGGACAAGAAGUUAAAGGUGUUAGAAGACGAAACGGUUAACUUAAAAAAGCAGCUGGCAGAAAAAGACAAAGAGACCGAAAGGCUUAGUGCGGAGCUAAAUCUAACUCAAAAACGAACAAAGGGAAUGCAAAAGAGCAAGUCACUAGAUAUAGCCGACCCACAAUCACUCGAUGUGAAAAGACAACUUCAAUCGAUCGAGCAAGAAGCUGUGGUUUUAAGAACAAAGAUACAAACGCUAGAGAGUGAAAACGAAAAAUUGGCGGCCGAUAAUAAACGGCUUCAGCUAUUGCGAAAUACAAAGACGUCAAAAAGCGAAAAAGCGGGCGAGAAAUAUAUCGAUAGAAUUGCGGAACUCGAGGUGGAAUUGGAAUAUGCAAACAAGAAAGUCAAAGAAUUAGAAAACUCAAAUGGGAAGCAUAAGUCGAACGAUAAAGAGGGAGAAAAUAACAGGCAGAAACCAUUAGUCCUUGCUAAACAGUUCAAAGACAGAAUUCCUAAAAAACCUUCGGAAUUCACCAGUAAAAUCCAAUUGAAAAAUAUGGUCAAAGAUUUGGAAAGUGAAAUUGGUGAUAUCUUGACAGCUUUGGCCAACGCCGAAGGUUCAAAAGGUAAAUUAGAAGCUGAACUGCAAGAACUAAAGUCGCGAAGUAAUAACAUUGAUCUAACUAAAAAUCUCGAAGAAACUAAAAAGAGCUUAAUCGUUGCCGAAAAGGAAUUGCAAAAUGUGACGUCAAAAUACUCUCAAGAUAGAUCUAAAUAUGACGAUCUAAACAACACGCUAGUAAAAACUAAGGAAAACUUGAGCAGCCAAUUGGAAGAGAAAAAACAGAUUCAGAAUGAACUCUCUAGUUUUAAAGAUAAACAUAAAACUUUAGAGGAUCAACUGCGCAAACAAGAGAAGGAAGUGAUGAGGUUGACGACGGAAUUGAAAAAUGCAAAUGCAAAACAGCACGAAAUUAUCGCUCAGAAAGGACAAAUCGAUGACUUAUCCAAUGACUUGGCAAAAAAAGAUAAAGAAUACGCCAAGCUUAAACAAGAUUUCGACGAAAAAGAAAAGUCACUAAAAGACCUGACAGUCGCAAUGAAAAAACUUGGUGAUGCGGAACAACUACUACGUAACAACGAAGAUACGAUGAAAAAGAACGACAAACAAAAUAAAGACCAAAUUAAACAAUUGUCUGCAAAGUUGGAAGAGGAGCGUGAAAGAUUACGACUGAAAGAAUCUCAACAUCUUGACCUUUCGACAAAGUGGUCUGCGGACCACAAAGUCUUCGAACUACAGAUCGAGGAUUUGAACUCAAAAAUUAAGUCCUUGGAAAAGAUAAUUGUAACUAAAAACACUCUAAUAGAGCAACUGGAAGAAUCCGUACGAAAGGAACGCGAGAAUGUAACUUCCACAAAUCUCUUGGUCAAUAAUAAUGAAAUUAAUAGUUUAAAAGACGAAUUAAAUAAGACCAAAGCGAAUUUGCGAGAAGUUGAAUGUAAACUAGAAACAUCGAGUAAAGGAAAGAAAACUGCGGAUGAGAAACUUAGGAAGGCCGAAAACGAACACAAAAAAGAAAAAUCAGAAUUAGAUAGGAAGGCAGCCGAACUAUCCAUAGAGCUGGAAAAUGAAAAGAAGAGGUAUGAUACAGUGAAAGUUAAUCGUGAAAGGGAAAUGAAGGAUAAAGAGACGGAACUGAACGCAUUAAAGGGUAAGAUUAAGACGUUAGAAUCGUCAUCUACCUCUGGCAAUAAACAAGUUUCGGAAAUUAAAAAAGAGUACCAAGAAAGGAUCGAUAAACUUGAAAGUAAAGCGGCUAAAGAUCAGCAACAGUAUGAAGAUUUAACUUCUAAGUAUGAGGUUCUAGAAGAGGAAUAUAUUGUCACCAAGGCUAAACUUGUCAUGGAAAAAGAAACUGUUUCCAAUCAACUUAAAGCAACGAAACGCGAUUUGGACAGCUUAGAAUUUGAGUUGCAGGAAGUAAAAGAAACUUACAGUCAGAAAAAUGAACAAUUACAGAAAGAAAAGCAACAAAUUGCGGAAAAAAUGAAGACUUUAGAAAAAAAUUGCCAAAAGGGUUUAGAUACGUUUGGAUUUGAACGAGGUAGGUUCAAAACGCUAUUAGAAGAAAAAGCGUCCGAUCUGGAUCAAAUCAAAAAGGAAUACGAGGUCAUCUCCGAUCAGUUAGAAUACAUGCGCAAAGAAAACGAUGACUUAAAGAAAAAACUAGAUGAUUACGAUAAGGUAUCCAAAAUUCAACGCGUCAUAAGUGCAGAUACGUCUGCUAUGGAGAAGGAAAUAAAACAAUUACGUGGAAGAUUGACAAGUACGGAAGAGUUACGGAAAUCUGAUUUAGCAGAAUGCAAGUUGAGAUACGACAGUCAAGUUAUAGCGAUCAAUGAGGAAAUACGAUCUCUUCAAGCACAACUCACUAGAUUCAAGCGCGAAAGAGAUACAUACAAGCAUAUGCUUGAAGGUGCUCAGAAAACCAUAGGGGAUUUAAAAGCAUCUUCUUCCCCACGAAAGGAACAUCGAAGUUCUACGGCUAGUUUUGAUGAAGUAGAGGAGUAUAGAACAAAAGUGGCAUCUUUGGAACAACAAAUCAGUUGCAUGGAAGAUGAGUUAUCCGAGGCUCGAUUGGAGGCCUCUAAAUCAAAGACUGAAUUAGUAUCCGAAAGGUCCUCUUGGGAAAUUAAAAUGUCGGAGGUGCAUUCGAGGGUCAACGAAUUAGAGGAAGAGCGAAUAUUGAGUAGUGGAAGGACAAAAAUACCCGGGUUAAGGACGCGAAUGGAAUUGGCUUGGCAUAAAGAAAGAGAGGAACAACAACGGCUACUACAAGAAACUUCUACUUUAGCGAGAGAUUUAAGGCAAACUUUGUUUGAAGUCGAACGAGAAAGAGACAAAGAACGUCUAGAAAGCAAGCGCAAGCAGGAACAAAUCAAAAAGACUUUAGAAGAAGACCAAGAAGAAAAUAGACGAAAACUGUCCGAACUUCAAUGUGAUCUUUUAGAACUGAGGGAUGCUCACGCGAAAUUACGCACAACGAACGAGAAGUUAAGAAGAGAAAAGGAGCGACAUGAAAAAGAAAGAGAAGAAUUAAGAGCGGUGAUUAGUGAAAGAAAACGGUCCGAACUGGAUGAUGACAGAAGAAUCAAUGGAUUACUUGAACAAGUAGAGAUGUUAAUGAAACUAACUUCAGGUGGAGAAAGUUCCGAAAAUGAGGUGUACACUCCUACUCCACCAAGAAGGACCAGAGGGUCUAAAUCUAGAGAAGCGUCUCCAACGUUAGAGAGAAAAGACUUCAGUAAAGAAUCGUCGGUGUCUAGAGACGAUCGUAAAAAUCAAAUCCAAUCCGUUAUGCUACGACUGAACGACGUAACAGAUGAACUCCGACGAUAUCAAAGACUGGCGGAACGAAACAGAGACCGGGAUAGGAUUAAGAGAACAAUGGGACUACGAAGAGCCACUUCUACCGAACACGACAAUGUUUCUGACCUAAACCAAUCACAGAAAGAAUUAUCUAAAAAUGGAAACAUAACCACAAAUCUGCAUCGAAGAAGUUUGUCCCUAGAACACACGUUUCCAAACGAACAAGACAUAUGGAGGAAUGCAGAUGAUAGCUUAUCAAGCUUACAAUCUAUAGACGCCUCCUCCGACAUUGAAAGUAAGUGGGUGAAAAGAGAUGCGAGCUUAGAUAGCAGACUCUCAUCAACAUCGACGCAAAGCGAAACGGGCGCCGUUGAGAAAAAGAAGAAAGGUUUAAUAGGCAAAUUAAAAAAACUAACGAAAUCUAGAAGUAUAGAUGACAAGGACCCCGGGCAUUUUUCAAAUCCCAGAUCGCUAUCAUCUAAGCCAAAUUCUGGUUCAGACGUUAAUGAAGAUGUAAAGGAUAGUAAGAAGGAUCUGAAAGAUAGACUUACAGGAAUCUUCAAACGUGGCGGGUCUUCUUCCAGAAGUAAUAGUUUAGAAAGACAGUCUGCGGAUAAACACGAUAACAGAUCUACGCAGCGCCCAUUAAUGCCUAAUGGAAGUAACCCCAGUAUUUCGCCACCUUCUCCAGUUGUUGAUACCGUUAAAAGAUAUUCUAGCAAACCAACCAAAUAUAAGUGAAUGUAUUUAAUGAUAAGUACACGAAAUUCCAUUUCACAUAUCCCAUUUUUGACAGAAGAGUUUGUUAAAAGUAUUGAAUUAGCAGAUAGUAAUGAAUUGCAGACAAGGCAAAUAAAAUAUUCGCUCCUA